AUGCAAGAAUUCAAAAAGAAGUUGAGAGAAAAAACACCAAUAGGAAAAUUAGAUGAACCAAUAGGAAAGCACCCUUAUGAGGAGAAGGAGCCUCUCCAACCAUGGCCAAAUAACACAAACCCCAAUACAGGAGAAGUUGGAGGACCUAGAGGACCAGAACCAACAAGGUAUGGUGAUUGGGAAAGAAAAGGAAGAGUAUCAGACUUCUGA